AUGGCCGACAGGAAGCUCUGGGGAACACGUUCCAGAAGAUCAGGGAACACGUUCCAGAAGAUCAGGGAACACGUUCCAGAAGAUCAGGGAACACGUACCAGAAGGCAUAUAAGAUCAGGGAACACAUUCCAGAAGAUCAGGGAACACGUUCCAGAACAUCAGGGAACACGUUCCAGAAGAUCAGGGAACACGUUCCAGAAGAUCAGGGAACACGUUCCAGAAGAUCAGGGAACAUGUUCCAGAACAUCAGGGAACACGUUCCAGAAGAUCAGGGAACGCGUUCCAGAAGAUCAGGGAACACGUUCCAGAACAUCAGGGAACACGUUCCAGAAGAUCAGGGAACACGUUCCAGAAGAUCAGGGAACACGUUCCAGAAGAUCAGGGAACACAUUCCAGAAGAUCAGGGAACACGUUCCAGAAGAUCAGGGAACGCAUUCCAGAAGAUCAGGGAACACGUUCCAGAACAUCAGGGAACACGUUCCAGAAGAUCAGGGAACACGUUCCAGAAGAUCAGGGAACACGUUCCAGAAGAUCAGGGAACACGUUCCAGAAGAUCAGGGAUCACGUUCCAGAAGAUCAGGGAACACGUUCAAGAAGAUCAGGGAACACGUUCCAGAAGAUCGGGGAGAAGCGUUCAAACUAGUGGCAGAGUCAUUGUUCAAGAGGUUAAACACAAGUCCUAAUGGCUGUGAGUCAUUCUUCAAGAGGUUAAACACAAGUCCUAAUGGCUGA